AUGUCUACACCGCCCGUCGCCUUUAACCGCCUCAAGCAGAUUGCCACCGAUGUGUGCAACAGCGCCAUAGGCAACGCCGAGUUCUACGACCACGCCAAGACGGAGCAAUGGAACUCCAACAUUAUUAGCUCGAUGCUCAAGGCCGUCAUCUCGGAAUCGACCCCCCAGGGCGCCAGCGCCCCCUCGUUCAAGUUUGCCUGCAACAGCACCAUUGUGCAGCACCUGGUGCCGACGUCGUCGCUCAACAAGUCGCGUACCGGCGCCGACAGCAAGGACGAGCAGCCGCACAUCUCGACGAGUGCGGAGGCGACGGCCACUGACGGCAAGCCGCACGUGGGACGCCGCGGAAUGCACAGCGCGACGGGCGCGUACUGGGACGAGAAGAAGGAUGGCAUGUGGACGUUCAAGUUUGACGGCGGUGAGGGCAAGGGCAUGGACGUUGUGAUUAUGCUCAUCUGGGUUGCGAUUUAA